UGUGGCAGCAACCCAAGAACACUAUAAAUAGCCGAAACGCCGCCCCGUUACGUUCAAACAUAUUUGGAUAUCCAGAGCGGAAGAUCUGAGAAUUUCCAGCGUCUGAGGAAUCAUGGCUCGUACCAAACAGACCGCGCGUAAAUCAACUGGAGGGAAAGCUCCCAGAAAACAGCUGGCCACAAAGGCGGCAAGGAAAAGCGCGCCCUCUACUGGAGGAGUCAAGAAGCCUCAUAGAUACAGACCUGGAACUGUUGCUCUGAGAGAGAUCCGUCGUUACCAGAAGUCUACAGAGUUGCUGAUCCGCAAGCUGCCGUUCCAGCGGCUGGUGAGGGAAAUUGCACAAGAUUUCAAGACUGACCUGAGGUUUCAGAGUGCAGCUAUUGGUGCUCUUCAGGAAGCAAGUGAGGCUUACCUCGUUGGUUUGUUUGAGGACACCAAUCUGUGUGCCAUCCAUGCCAAGAGGGUCACAAUUAUGCCAAAGGACAUCCAACUUGCAAGGCGAAUCCGAGGAGAACGUGCAUAAUUUAAUUUUUUUUUUUCUUCUAUUUUAAACUUUUUGUUAACCAAACUCUAUAAGCAAUGGAUUUUAAAACUGAUGGCAUAAUUUUAUAAUACAUUCCCUACAGACUCAGGUUCAGGUGGAAAAUAUGUGUAGUUAGCAUUGCUCAUUGUAGAGUAGCAUUAGUUUGCAUGCUGAAAAUAUUUAUCUUUUUACAUUGAUUAUUGGGUUGUUAAUAAAAUUUCACUACCUCA